AAAUCAUUAUAUACUUAUAAUCCUUAUAGUAUUAUAACGAAGAGAACGAUAGUAAUGGAAUUAUUUAAAAAAUUUUUAAAUCAACGUAAAAAUUUAAUAGAAUUAUCAUUAAAUACGAAUUUUAUUAAUGAUUUUAAAAAAUUCGAGAUGAAUUUUAACGGUAUCGAUCAAGAUUUAUUUGAUAUAUUUAAUGAAAAAACUUUAGAUGAUAACGAUCAUAACGAUUAUAACGAUCAUAGUAACGAUGAUGAUGAUAAUAAUAAUAAUGAUAAUAUACGUACUUUAAUUUGUGGUGGGAUUAAAUUUGAUGAAAUAUUAAAAUCAUUACAAAAUAAUUUAAAAUUAUCAUCUAUAAAAAAUUUUAUAAUGGAUUUUAAUUUACCUUAUAAUUUUAAUUUAAUGAAUUUUUUAUCCACACAAAAAAAUUUAAAAAAAUUAUGCGUUGUUGGAAGAUAUUAUGAAUUACAUGAUAUUUUUUUAAAAUUAUCUCAACGUAAUAUUUUAAAAAAAUUAUCUUGUUUAGAAUUUUAUGGUAUAAAAUUGUUCAGGAAAAAAUAUUCAUUCUUCUUCUUCACAUAA